GCGCAGCACCGUUACAGCCGCAUUCAGGGGGAGUGAGCUGCAGUGUACACGCAGGGAGAAAUCCGCGUUCACACUAAAGAUGUUUGGUCAAUUGCAAGGAGGUUCAUUAGGACUUUGCAUGUAAAUGGCGUUGAGAUGGACUGGAAACAAGUGGACAGGUCAAACAAGGAUUCACAGCUGUCUGUUCCAUUUGCCCUUUGGCCCGUGGACCUAAAGUUGACACAUGUUGACUGCAAUCCUGGGGACACAUUGGUACAUUUUCAAGGCCAGUAUCUCACCAUCUGUGAGUUGGACUACAACAUUCUUCAGGUGGAAAUUCAAAAUGCCGAAAAAACACAGGCAUCUUUGUCAGUCAGUGAUUUCUGUUUAGUGGAAGAUGUGCUCUCCAGUCGGUGGUACAGAGGAAGAGUUCAGAACAAACAGGAAGAGUUACAUGAUGUGUUCCUUCUGGAUUAUGGCAAUGUUCUUACAGUUAGUCCCGACCAUCUGGCUGCUAUAUCUGAUGCUUUACUUGUGCUCCCACCUAAGAUUGUGUGUGGGUUCUUUGCUAAUGUGCUACCAAUUCAGGAAUGCUGGGACUCUGAGUCAGAAAAGUAUUUUUCCUCCAUGAUCGGCACUCACAUCAGAGGAUUUAUCCAUGGUCUCCUGCCAUACAAAGUCUUUUUACUUGAAGCACCUGAUAUAACUAAAGACUUAGUACAACUGCACUUAGGCAGACUUGUGGAUACAGAUAGCUUUCUGUUACUGGUGGAAAUGCUCCUAGAAAUGCCAGUCCAACAAAGUUGCCAGUCUGUCCCCGAUUUGCUGCUUGAGAAGCGAUCUGCUCAGGAAUUCUCCUUCAAAUCCUCAAGUUUAAGAGGUUUCGAAAACAUUUUAUCACUCAGUCAAACAACACUAGCUGUUGGGCAAAAGGAAAAAGCUAGAGUAACAGCUGCAGUAAACCCUGAGCUUUUUUACUGCCAGCCUUCAUCUGUGGCAAAUGACCUGAUCGAGAUGACAGAAAAACUAGCGAUUGCAUGCGAGUCUAGGACUAGGGACCACAGAGAUGCUGAAAAUUUGGGAUUGCUCUGUGCAGUCAAGGGAAAAGAUGAGAAAUGGCACAGAGGUUUUGUGCAGUGCCUGCCAGUCAGCUCACAAGUUAGAGUCAUGUUUGUGGACUAUGGGUACUGUGAGUUUGUAAAAGUUGAAAAUGUCCUUCAGUUACCAUCUCAGUUUCUCCUGAAACCAACCAUGGCUUAUCCAUGUUCACUUUCUUGUGAAAGUGACAGUGAUGAAAACACAAAGUGCCAGCAACUUGCCAUUCUCAAGGGUGCAUUACUGGGAAAGGAGGUGGUCUUCACAGUUGACGGUUGCAGUAAAGAGCAGAAUGUCCUCCCAGUCACACUCUGCAGUGUUGAUGAGCUUGCACAGCUCAAAACUGUGCAUUUUGAUGAGCUCAAAAACAGUGAUGUUAAUAAGUAUGAGCACAUCUUGGAUUACUUCCCAGAGUGUUGUGUAAACAAAAUGAAUGGAAUGAAAAGCCCAGAAGAAUUGUUCCUUUUGGAAGAAAUACAAGAUGGCUCUGUGUUUGAGGGUUAUGUGGAGUUUGUCCAGAAUCCAAAUGAGUUCUGGAUUAGGACUGCAAGGUGCGAUGAUCGUUUUGAGGAUAUGAUGAAUAAACUGACCGACUACUUCAGUGGAUUAAAACUAAAUGAGGAAGUUCUUGAGGAUCCAGAACCUGGUGUACUUUGCUGUGCAAUGUAUGAACAAGACUUGCAUUACUACAGAGCUAUUGUGGUGGAUAUUCUUGAAAAGGGUGCUGAGGUUUUUUUCAUUGACUUUGGGAACACAGAAAAAGUGCCAAGCAUGCUGAUAAAGAAAAUACCCAGUCAAUUUGCUGUGGAGCCACCGUUUGUGAUCAGUUGUUCCUUAGCACAUGCCAUGCCUUUGGACGACUGCUGGACGAUGGCAACAAAUAAUUUCUUCAGGAAAGCCAUUUCAAAUAAAGCAAUGAUGGUCCAUGUUAUACACAAGCGGAAUGACACGUUGGCUGUGGAACUGUGUGAGAAAGGGACAGAGAACUGUGAGAGCAUCACAUCGCUCAUGAUGAGGGAAAACUUGGCUGGAUACUGGAAGAAUGAUCUGACGGCAACACCUGUUGAUUUUCUAAAUGAAAAAAACAAAACACCUCAGAAAAAAAAUAGAAAAUCUUGCAAAAGUGUCGCACAAAAACCUGACGUCAGCAGGUUGCAGGAGCAACAUUUCAGUACUCAAAAUGUUGUAGUUGAGAAGCAAGCCCACACUCGGGAGUCUCACGCUGAGGACAUUUUCAGACCCCCAAAAAUUCAGCUUGGAUCUGAAAUCAGCGUUUUGUGCACACAUGUCACAUCCCCUUCAGAUUUUUGGUGUCAAAACAAGAAACACAAGGAUGACUUGGACAGAUUAAUUAAUAAAUUACAGGAUUUUUACCAGACACACUCUCCUGUGUUCCUGCCACAUAGUCUAUGCUGUGCUGUCAAGUUUCACCAGGAUAAUAUGUGGUACAGAGGAUUAGCCCUAGAAGUUAGCAAUGAAGACGUUGAGGUGAUCCUAGUUGACUACGGAAUGGUUGUCAAAGACAGUUUGAAGAACAUUCGAGCACUACUGCCAGAGUUUAUUGAACUUGAAACACAAGCAUUCAGAUGCAGUUUGUACAACUUAAUCGAACCAGUUCAAGAAAAGGUGUGGUCCAAAGAAGCUUGCACUUUCUUCAAAGACUUAGUUUCUGGCAGUUUCUCUAAUCUGACAUGCAGCGUCUAUUCCCAGCUCUUUGUGGUAAAUAAAGGGAUCUGCAAUGUGGUUGACCUUCAUACACCUCAUCAGAAGGCCUCUUCGUGCCUUGUGGAAAAGGGAGUUGCAGUAGAAAUCAGCUAUCCAAAGGAGCUCGUUCCAUCUGCGCAGGCAUGCUCUUUUGUUUAUUCCUCAUUUAACAUCAGCAUUGGAAGUGAAGAGUUGGUAUAUGCUACCCAUGUUGAUGGUCCUUGGGAAAUCUAUCUUCAGCUGGACAGAAAUAGUAUCAUUAUUGAUGAGCUAAUGGAAAGCAUUCAAAAAGAAAGUGAAAAAGUGUUGAGCCAGGCUCAUAGCACUGACAACACUGGCCCGGUUUGUUUGGCCAAGUAUUUCGGUGACACUAAGUGGUACAGGGCAAUUUCCUGGCCUGCUCAGUCCAGUCAGCACCUGAAUGUGUUCUUUGUAGAUUAUGGGAACAAGCAGGUUGCUGAAAAAGACAGCGUUCUACCCAUACCCAGGAAGUCAGUUAAUUUACUGUCUAUUCCUAUGCAAGCUCUAAGGUGUAGUCUCUCAGAUGUUCCAGAGAGAGAGCAUUUGCCUGAAGUCAAUGCAUGGCUUAAGAAGACCAUUAUCAACAGGGCAAUUCAGGCCAAAUUUGUAGCAAAAAACAACAGUGGACAUUUCCUUUGUGAACUGUUUGAUGGAAAUCUGCACAUCAAUGAGAAAGUGAAAGAACUUUUUGCCAUUCAAGGAGACAAAGAUGCUGUUUCUAGUGGAAAGCGUAGCAGUGACUGCAGCAAAGAAGAUAUGAACUUGCCCGACAUGGGCAAAAAGUUUAAGACCAAGGAUAGAGGUCAUGUGAAAUCUGUAGGCAGAGUGCAGGGAAAAUCUCAUUGUAGGAAAGCUUCCAAAGUCAAACUGUCCCAUGUAAAUCACAACCAGAAUAGUCGCUUUUCAAAGGAUGACCAGAGCAAAGAAAUAAACGACCAGAAGAGCAAAAAGAAUCAAAUCAGUAGAAAUGUGCUAAGUGAAAAAUCCCACAUGAAAAGAACCUUCAAAAUACAGACCUCUGUGUUGCCAAAAAUGAGGGAUUUGCCAAAUGUCAAAAUUAAACCAGGUUCCAGAGGUGUGGGGUAUAUUUCUCAUUGCAACUCUGCUGAGAGGUUCUUCAUCCAAAUGGAAAAGGAUGAACAGACCAUCCUUAAAAUAGGUGAGGACCUAAACAGCAGCCUUUUCACAGACAACAUGCAACAUGUGUCUGAAGUAAAUGUUGGCGACCUUGUUGCAGCCAAAUAUGAAGAUGACAUGGCAUUAUAUCGAGCAGUUGUCACCAACAUAGCAUCCAGUGGUGUUCUGACAGUUGAAUUUGUUGACUAUGGAAAUACAGCAACUAUCAACAGAAAGAAUGCUUACCUGCUGACGAGCCAGUUCCUGACACAUGCUAGAUUAAGCAUCCCAUGUACACUAUCAAAUCCUGAGGCAUUUCAGGAUACUGAUCGUUUAAUGAAGGAAGCACAUGACAAAGCCUUGAUAGUUGAGUUUGUUCGAAAUCUUGGCAAUGCAUGGGUGCUGCGCUUUAGAACCAAACCUUUGCAAGAGUCAGGAGAACAUUGUCCCUCAGACAGAAAAGAUAACGAGAUUCCAGCUUCAGAGCAGUGCAAAUCAAAACAAGAGCUGAACAUGACAGAGGUAGUAGCUAAAAAUAAGGAACAGAACCAUGUAACUUCACAAGCUGAAAAGCCCAGGAUGAAUGAAGAAACCAGAAAGAACAAGCAAACAAGAAGAACAACCAACAAAGUGGUCCAGAAAGACAGCCUGGGGAAAAAACUGAAAAGCAGAGCUGCAGAUCAUUUGCAAAAAUUAAAUACAAACAUCAGACACAAAGAUACAAACAAAGGACAAGAUCAAAAGCAGCAAAAUUCAUCAAAAGGGCAUCUGCAGGUGAAGCCUGAUAAACCAGCUGAAACAUGUGAUUCAGAGAAAACAGCUCACAGUGUAUCACACAACAGUUUAGAUACUCCUGACAGGUCUGUUAAGAAUCCUGAACAUGAAAGCUCAGAAGAACAGGAUGUCAGAGAGUCCGAACAGUCGGUUUUAGGAGACACCUACACAGAGGACCUCAUGGAUGACAAGGAUCAGGUACAGCAUCUGUUCUUUGCGCCUGUUCAAAUGGAUGUUGAAUACUCUGGAUUUGCUGCAGCAGUAAUCACACCUGGUGAAUUUUACAUUGUCCUGGAGGACUUGCUACUCGCCAUGAAUGCUGUAUCAAACAUCCUGGAAGGCCUACCAGAAGUAUUGUCUCCAUUGCCGGAGAGCCAUCUGAUUUGUGGCACAGGUUGCUUGGUAAGGUGUGGUGAGAAGAACAAAUGGUGCAGAGCAGAGCUGGUGCAGUGUGAUGACGAUUCAGUGAUCAUAAAUCUGGUUGAUUAUGGUCAUUAUGCACAUAUUCCACGGCAAGAUGUCAACAAACUUAAAAAACUUCCAUCAGAACUUGCUAGACUACCCAAGAUCACCUACCCCUGCUUGCUGAGAGGAGUGAAAUCAACCAAUGGUAGUCAGUGGUCUGACAGUGCUGUGGUCUUUUUCCAGAAAUGCAUGGCUCAAGGAAAUCUUCAGAUUUACUUCAGGCACUAUGUUUCAGAUGCUCAGUGGGAGAUUGAUGUUGUGACGGAAGGCCGAAAUAUUGCCAAAGAUCUGGUCGAUGCUAGUCAUGCAUGUUACACAGACAGCAUGUUCGGAAUCCGGUUUCAGCACAGGCUUGGGCAGUUAAGAGAGCAUCAGCACAUCAACACUGUGGCCUGUAUUCCUGAGGGUAGACCCAGCAACUGCGAACAAGCCCAGUGGAAAGAUGAUGAAUUGUUGCAAGGAGAUUUGGAAAUGUGGUCAGUGGAUAACAUCAUCCAGUCCAGUGGAGAAAUAGCUGAAGGCUGUCGUCUGGAGGGAGAAACUAAGUACACUUUCAGCAGAAACUGUGACAGUGCAGAGUCGGGACACAUAACGUAUGACUUAUCAUCUGACUCAAGUCAAUGCACACUGAUGUGAUGCAUGAAGAGAUGACAUGGACAAACUGGACUGGUGUAUUGAGAGGAGUCACUGCAUAAUUGGAGUUUGAAAAUUAAUAAUGUAACAGUUGUAUUUGAUUUAUUUUAUAGUUAUAAUUUUGUUAAAAUGUUUGAUAAAUAUAAACAUUACUUUGCCCACUGACAAUUGGAAUAAUAGAAUUCCUAAAAUAACGUGUUUUUGGAAUGUUGGGUUGUUGUUUUUUUGCCACUCUUCAUGGAGAAGAAAUUUUACAUUUUUGCAUAUAUUUAAAUGAAUAAUCAUCAUCAAGAGUAAUUUUAAGAAUGUUUGACUGAUUUAAGUUAAUUUAAUGUGUAUGUUUUGAUUUGUUAAUGUUUUAGGGCACGAAGCUGUCCUUUUUUGUCUAAGUAACGUGGUGUUACAGUUCAAAUUGAAUUCUGUAUUGUUCAUUGAGAGCUUUCUGGAAUGCAUGUAUUUCAGUAAAUAAACACAGAAAAUGGGUAA